AUGGCGACCGCAGUCCUUCAGGCCGGUGGAAAGUCGGAGCGCAUGCGGCGCACCGCGGGACCCGGUCAUAAAGCCCUACGCGACGUGCUAGGAGUGUCGUUGUUGGAGCGGAAUCUUUGUCGCUUCUUAGCCGCGGGUUUCGAUUCUGUGGUUGUCGUCAUCUCUGAAUCUGAAACCGCUCUCGAUGAGUACAUCUCCAAUCGCGGACGUCAGUUGGCCGAGUGCCGUGGUGCCAAACUACGCACUCUUGUAGAGCAUGAGCCAUUGGGGACCAUUGGCGCAACGGCCAUGCUGUCUCCGGACGAUGCACCGGUUUUGGUGGUGUACUCCGACAAUCUUACUUCGCUGGAUUUUCGUGAGUUAGUUGAAACACACCAAAGGCACAACGCGGCCAUGACCCUGGCUACGCACGAAGAACCUUUUCAAAUACCUUUCGGUGAAGUCGUUGCGCAGGAUCACAAGGUUGUGGACUACCGCGAAAAGUCGAUUCAUCCGAUUCGGGUAUCGAGUGGGCUUUACGUUCUUGGUGCCAGAGCCUUUCGCUGUCUAAACGAAGGGGAACGAGUCGACUCGCCCGAUCUCGUGCAUCGGCUACUUCGUGAGAAUGAGCUAGUCGUGAACCAUCCACAUAAUGAACUGUGGCUGGAUAUGAAUGAUGCGACUCGGCACGCCGAGUUGGAACAAUUGAUAUUCGAACAUCCCAAGCGACUCGAUUGGCUUCAAGCCACGCCAGAUCGAGAAGGUCGCCUAAUCGUGGAGUGGGAUGAUCGGCUCACGGUUCGCGUGGUACCGUCCGAUGAAUCGAUCGAUGGGGUUGGCUUGCAACCCUCUGAUCAGAUUCUCGGAACCUUCGACGAGAUCGAUCUUGUUGAUGGAGGUAUCGUACGGUGGACAGUUUCGCUUGCCAGUGGGGCAAAACCAUCGAUUGAUGAGCUUUCGCAAGGUAAGCAACUCGACGGCUACGAAGAGUCUUCAAAGGCGGCUCGCGCGGUAGCGUACGUGGUUGUCGGCGACAUUCUUGAUCAGCAGGUGGUUGAGAAUCUUGUCGAGGGAUGUGAUGCCGUAGUUCACCUGGCGGGUCCUCCCUUUGUACACGAAUCGUUUCAGCGGCCCCUUCAGUACGCCAAAGUGCAUGUGCUGGGUACCAUUGCCGUGGUGCAAGCGUGUUUGAAAUUCGGGGUUCACCGGCUUGUGUAUAUCUCAUCGGCUGAAGUAUACGGACCAGGUGGUUCUGAGGACGUGCACGAGGACCAACCGCUACGGCCUCAAUCACCCUACGGACUUGCAAAAGUCUCCGCCGAGCAGUUCAUCGAUAACCUGGUCGCCGGCAGUGAACUAAGCAGCAUCAUUCUUCGGCCCUUCGCUGUUUAUGGUCGCGGGGGGCAUGAAGCAGCGCUAAUUCCGACAAUCGUGCAGCAGAUCCAAACGGGCGAAAAAAUCGAACUUAACAACUUGCAGCCCAUUCGAGACUAUUGUCACGUGCAAGAUGUCGCCCGCGCCGUCGAGUUGGGGCUUCGUUGCAAGUCUAGUGGCGUAGAGAUGGUAAACAUCGGUAGCGGGCAAGGGCACAGCGUUGAGCAGCUUGCGAGGAAAGCACUAGAGGUUGCGAAUCGGGAGCUUCCCGUUCUGCAGCGUUCCUCUAGCGAUCGACCGCGGCUGCGAGAUGUAGACCGGCUAGUUGCAUCAAUCGACCGAGCAAGAACGCUGCUUGGAUGGCAGCCCCGGAUUAGCUUAGAAGUCGGACUAAAAGAACUCCUGAACGAACGCAUCAUCGAGUUGCUGCGUUCUGGUAAGGAUCCUCGCUACAAGUACGUCGAUGCCGAUCUGCUUCAGGUGCCGCGGAUGGUAUCAGUGCUCGAACGCGAGCGACCGCAGGUGGUGUUUCACCUGGCGUCUGCACUCCGCGACGAUGCUGUAGAUUCCUUGUUUCAAAUUAAUACGGUAGGCACCGUACGACUCUUGGAGGCCUUAGUCGCAGCCAGGUUGGAUCCACUCCGGGUCGUCUUCGCAUCUAGUGGAGGAGUAUAUGGAGUCCCGCCGGGUGGGGAGUUGCCCCUUGAGGAAAGCGUGCAAGGGCGACCGUACGACCUGUAUUCGCUGAGCAAGUGGACCACCGAAUGCGCAAUUGAGAUGAUCGCGCGUCAGACGCGCACCCCCGUCAUUGUUGGUCGCGUCUUCAACGUUUUAGGGGCAGGUCAGGAUGAACGGCAUGUCUGUGGUAGGAUCAUCAGCCAAUUGACGGCGAUUGAAUCUGGGGCAAAGUCGAACGCCUUGCAAAUUGGGUCGCUUGAAACCACACGCGACUUCAUCGACGCUCGAGAUGUGGCCACAGGGCUCAAGGUUUUGGCAGAUCGUGGCGAGCCGGGUGAAAUCUACAAUGUAGCCAGCGGAAGGGAGACCUCGAUACAAGAAGUGCUCGAUCUGUCACUAGAACUGACCGGGCAGAAAGAAAAGACCGAGAUUUGCCAUCUGCCCCCCAGGCCGGCCGAUAUUCCUCGGCACUUUGGUUCCAUCGACCGCUUGGCCAAACUGGGCUACGAACCACAGCAUCCCCUGUCUGAGAGCUUGCAGAGUAUUCUCGACUACUAUCGCGAUUGCUGGGGCAAGCUGGAGAGCGAACCCCAGUCAAAUUAA